GUAAGUUCUAAAAAGUGCUAUCGGAAUAAAAUAUACGAUCCGAUACUAAGAUUGCAAUAUUAACUAUGAAAAUAAUUGCGAUAUGAUUAAGAAUAACGUUAUUUUAGCGUCUUUAAUAACAAUGGUACGAGAGUUAACGCCAGAAUUAGCUAAAAUAGCAAAAGAAGAACUAAAUGAGAAUCCUAAACAAAUAUCGAAUGAUUUGGGGCAAAUUAAAGAAUGGAUAUGCAAGCAGCCGCAUCUUAAAGCUAGGACAGAUGAUCAAUGGCUUUUGGGAUUAUUAAGAGCCUGCAAGUUCAGUUUAGAAAAAGCAAAGAAUAAGAUAGAUUUAUACUAUACAUUGCGGACUACGGCACCUGAUAUUACAUUGAGGCUAAAGCCAUCGCAGCCGGAGUUUAUAGAUUUUUUAAAAAUCGGGACGGUUUUAAUUUUACCUAAGCCGAAGACAAGCUUGAUACCAAGUGUUAUCCUCAUCAGAGCAGGACUGUACGAUCCACAGAUAAACAGUGUCGCGGAUGUUAUGUGCAUAUUGUAUUAUUUAGUUCAGAUUUUGGUGAUGGAGGAUGACACAGCAACUGUUUUGGGAACUAAGAUACUUGUUGACUACGAAGGUGUCUCUAUGAGUCACUUGAUUCAAGCCAACCCUAGCUUAUUAAAAAAAAUGACUGCAGUAGCACAGGACUCAAUGCCGUUGCGCUUAAAGGGGAGUCACCAUUACAAUCUACCUUCAGGCAUAGAAGUGAUAUUUUCAUUGAUCUCUGGAUUUCUAAACGAGAAAGCCAAAGAAAGGUUACGUAUACACAAAAAAGUAGACGAACUCUUCGAGUUUCUUCCGAAGGAAAUAAUACCAGCCGAAUAUGGAGGUGAUGGAAAAACUAUGCAAGAAAUUGUUGAAUAUUGGGUUUCAAAAAUAAACGAAUACAAAUCCUGGAUGCAACAAGAAGAACAGCUUGGAACUGACGAAUCAAAACGAGUUAAAGAUUCUAAUAGUGAAUUUGUUGGUUCUUUUAGGACUUUGGAUAUUGAUUAGACAGUUUUUAAAUGAAAUACAGUAAAACCUGCUUCCUACGAUUAUGUUUUAUUUUAUAAUUUUUCUGAAAAUUGAGACAUACUUUAUACUUUUUUAAAGCUUAAUAUCUGCCGUUUAAUAGAUUGGGUGUGGCGCCGCCU